AUGGCUAUAACCAACACACCGUCACCAUCAACUACUAUCCCAACAACAACAACAACAACCCAAAGACAACCCAUCUACACCCCCGAAGAGGUUCCACAUAUCAAAUCCGCCAAACGUCUAACCCGCAUCCGAACGAAACAGCUCCUCCGCGCUGCAGGACGGGAAUACGACGACCCUCCUCCACGCCCUGCGCCAGGAGACUGUUGCGGGAGUGCGUGUGAUCCGUGUGUGAUGGAUCUGUGGCGUGAGGAGAUGACUUGUUGGAGGGAACGGUGGGGGAUUGAGAGUAAGGAAUCUGGCAAGAACAUGAAACUUGAUUGGUAG